AGCUCCUCCCAAAGUGGAACAGAGUAAAGCCGUAAUCGUUGCAGGUGGGUCCAGUUCAGUGAGACCAGAAUCUUUCCUGUAAUUCUCAGAUGUCCGGGGCUACGUCUCCUUCUGGUGUGUCGUAAAAGGCUGAGGACCAGCCGGGCUCGGACAGAACAGGAUGGCUUCCACCAAAUCCCUGUGGCUUUUGCUCAUUUUCCCCUUUGUCUCAGCAGCGCUGGUGGCACCGCCGACCAACGUCACCCUAACCUGCCGUAACCUGCGGAACAUUUUGUCCUGGGAUUAUGAGAACGAUGUUCCCGGGCUUAGAUUCAACGUUUUAAUCCAAUCUGAUUCGGAAAUGCACAGUUGUCCUUCAGAAAUGGAGUUUAACGAAUCUUCUCGACAAGCGGAUCUUUCGUUUCUGUCAAAUCCGUCCAGCGUCUACUUUAUCAGGGUAAAGGCUGUGCUGGGGGAAGAUGAGUCCACAUUCUCUCCACAGGAUGGAAUCGAAUUCACCUAUUUCUCCAGUGCUCUGGACGGUGAGAAAUGUCUUUUGGAUAUCCCGCCCGUUGACAUCACUACCGUGCAACAUCACCACAUGCAGGUACAUUUCAAGCAUCCCUGGUUGGUGUACAAGGACGGGCUGUCUGGAUGUAAGAAACGGAAGAAGAAAAGUCACCAGGAACAGAACAAACUACCAAACUUUAAGUACACCGUCAAGGUGGUUGGCCAGGAUAAGUCCCACACCGUUGACUGUGAGGACGCUCUGUGUGAGACCAGACUGCAAGUGGACAUGAAGCAGGACAAACACUGUCUGAAAAUCAAUGGAGAGCUCGAAAUGAUGACUGUGGUGUCCACAAAGGAAUUCUGCACCCAGCAAGCCCCACCGCCUCUCAAUCACACCGGCCUCGUUGUUGGCAUCACCAUCGCCGUCAUAGCAGCAGUGGCUUUAGUUGCCGCCAUGGUUUUCUGGAAAAAGACGAGUGUCCCCCUGGUUAAUCUCAAACCUUUAAUAAUCCAUAAAUCAAAGUGGCCAAUGUUUCAACCCCCUUCUGAUGUUCACAGUCCUGUGACAGUGAGCCCUUUGCUGGCAAAUCCCGACGAGACGCCUGUGGAAACCAUCAUCGGACCAAAGAGUGAAGAAGUCUAUGACCCCCGCAUCAAGUUGUCACCUAACAACCAGGCUCUUUCUGAAGAGCCCGAGGAAGAGCGCACGUCUGAAGACCCGUACAUGGGCAGCCAAAACCUGGAUAGUGACCCUGAAGAGCCGGAGAUGACCCGCUCUCCUUACGAGUGCCGCGCGGUGGUGGUGGAGUUGGAUCCCGAGGACCACGUUGAGGGAUACCGUGCCUGAUUAACUAGUUUGAUCUGAAAGAAAAGAUUAACAAUACAAUUAGGGGGGAAAAAACCUCUUAAAUUCAGCCCUUUUCCUCCCCUUCACUGACUGAUUGUGAGAAGUGGUGAAAAUACAAAGGCCUACACAAUGGAAAGACUAACUCUGCACUUUUAUACAGAACCAUAAUCACAGCUCAUCCACCAGUAGUACCUAGCUGAGAAUCAUUGUCACACAGUGACACCUGCUGGCUGGACACUAGCAUUACCACGUUUGAUUGGCUACUGAGCACAGCAGAAAAAAUAUUCCUUUCAAUUGCAUUGUUUGUAUAUAUAGUUUUUUUACUGCUAGUGUUAGAGUAAGUUAGAUUUCAAAUCAUCUUUUAGCUUUAAUUUUAGUGACUUUCGUUGUGUCGACUGCAGGUGAUCUGAAUGAGUUUUUCAGCUCUUGCCGUCACCAGAAACCUGUGAAUGAGAUGUGGAUUUUUUUUAGCGGUGCAGUUUGUUUCUUAUAUGUAUAAUAAUUGGCUAAGUGGGAGUGUUGUUGUGCUUUUAUAAUCAAUGUUUUACAGAGGUGAAAGUAAAGAUGAAUUAAAUUUUGGAGAAUCGUGAAAGUAGAUGUCAUUAAGGGACGCAGGUGCCAAUCAGUCCAUUUAUGUCGGAGUGGAAAGUUUAAAACUUUGAGUGCCUCUUUUCUACAUUACCCAACUAACUCAGCACUUUAUUCCCUCAUUAGCUCCUAAUCUGAGGUUAUUUCUAGCGGUAAUGUUUUUACCAACCUAUCAGAAAUCUCUCUUGCUUGCAGAGGUAGAGGAAGGGGAAGCAAUAAUAGCAAUCUGAAAAUAUCGGUAUAAAAACAAACUGGGAGAUCAUCUUUAGGUAAAAAUGAUACGCAGAAAAUGCUGGAAUCCAGAUCAGAUUCUGGGAUUGGGAAUAAGACCAACCAAGGUCUUAUAAAGAAAAUAUUGGUCAAGUCGUUCGAACUAAGGCUGCAUGAUGUCGGUGAAAUGCGCGAUUGUGACGGUGUUGCUGAAUAUUCGUCCAUUUUCAUUUUCCCCUUUUUUGGUUUCCAAGUUUCCCCACUUCUGCCUGUGAGCUUUCAGCGCCUCAGACACUAAAAAUAUGCAUCAGCUGUGAGCCACAGGGACCGGAAGUGGGUUAAAUCCGAAAUAUUUCUUCCAGCCAGUCCUUAUAUUAUUCAGCUCCACUGUAAACUGAAUUGUCAGCAGACAAAUAUGGUUGUGCUAACGUUGGUUUUAAUCUCCCAGCAGGCAGCUGAACAGGUAUGUAGUGUAGUUAUUAUAAAUGCAUUUGGCUCGUCCAUUGUGAAUAUAAAGUCAUGUCAGUCGUUUUCAUUUCGAAAGAUUUCCCUUCUUCUUCACCUUCCCAAGUGGCUGGAUUUGAUGUGGUCUCGCUGAGCUCAGCUGUUUGCUAGCUGUUAGCUAGCGGAGCCCGAAGGCUGCCGUAAAGCUGACAGGCAGAGCUGCCAACUUGACUUAAAGUACCGUAAAUAUUUUAAACGUGGGCAGGUAGAAACAGAAUCCAUUAAUAUCCAACAGUCAGUUGAUGAGGUCUGGGAUAAAGAAGAAACAUUGUGUGACUUUAAUGUUUGCGAGACCUCGCUGCUCGCCUCGUUGCAGUUGAACCGAUCUGCAUCAGGUUUCUGUGCCUUCGGGAAAUGACUGUGAUAAAAAUAAGUGCUUCAUUAGUCUUUUUAUUUUUAUUGUUUUGGAAAAGGCAUGCAUUUUGUUGUUUUAUUUAACAGAGUCUGACAUGUAUAGUCUGGAAGUUUCUACUGAGAGGAUACAUGGGAGAUAAGAGACUGAAAAAUUUACAUUUAGAGCUGUGGUCCCCGGGCCGCAGCAAAAUUGCCAGAUCUUGACCCGUCCAUGGUAAUAAAAAGGUUGGGGACCACUGAUUUGGAGCAUAGAAAUGUGUUUUGUUGUUGUUUUUUAAUAACAGCUUUUGUGUUUUAGGCGAGAAUGGGAUUCGAGAUAAAUUGAGGUUACACGUUAAAGUUUCUUUGGUGACUUUGUGUCUUCUGAAGCUCAAAUAAGAAACUUUUAUUGCAGAAUCACGGAACGCUAUCUCUAAAAUUUGACUGUUAAACCAACCAGUGUGCUGCUUCGGAGUUGCAUGCUAGCCGAGCGGCCUUUGACUGCUCCCCUCUGCAUCGCGGUUGCAUGAAAAAUUUCACAACAUACUUAGAAAUAAGUCUGUACUUCUACGUGUUGCUCACAACUGCCAACCUGCUGUUUGUUAAUCACCGUCUCUGUGGUUUCACUCAAUUUCAAUAUUUCACAUGUACAAAAAUACAUGCUUGUGGUUUUUUUGUUUUGUUUUGUUUAUUGUUUUUUUUUUCAUAAACGUUGAUUACGUUUUGCAGAAUCUCGUGGAUGUAAUGCUCAUUUCUCUCAUGUCCUGGGUCCUUUCACGUUUAUGAAGGGAAGUUGACAUUUCGGUAAAGUGAGCCUACAGAUUACGGCGCUGGGACAGGCGGUGCUGCUCGACUCACACAUCAGGCCCCGUGUUAGGGGAAGAACCACGGCUCCCAUUACGGGUCGUGACAUUUGAAUGCUCUGUGCGGUUCGUUCCUCUUACGCCGCGUGACGGGGAAGACGUUUUGUCUGCUUUUGGAUUAGUUUCCUUCCUUCCUUCCUUUUUUUUUUCAUUGUCCAACAGUUGAAAUGACCAUGUUAGUGCUUCCUGUGCCAGAAGUGUAUUAUCUUUUUAAUUGGCAGGUAUCUGUUGAGUUUCUUGUAAUCUGCAGUAAUGACUGGCUGGCUUUGUCAUUGAACCAUUAUUACAGAUUAUUCCAAAUAAACUGUCUACAAAUC